AAAGGAGCUCAUUUUGUUGCUAAGUGUUGUUUGAAAGAAAGUUGCCAGGGUAGUCUGAAAAGUUGCUAAAUCCAGCAACAAAAUUGGUAAAUUGGCAUCACUUUUUGUGGUAGUCUAAACAGAAUCCUUGCGACGUCCAACUUUGACGUGACCGCAUUGAAUUUAAACGGUUAGAGUAGGGUUUAGACCGAACAUUUACCUAUUUUCUUCAUCAUCCGGGUCACGCUCGCAGUUUGCGGAUGUGAUUCAAACGCGGAAACAACACGUUAGAAAUGGCAACAGGGACAGAUCGAGCAGUUGGCAUGGGCCUGGUUGGCUUCAGCCUCCUAUUGUUUACAUACUACACAAUCUGGGUCAUCAUACUGCCCUUCGUGGACAGCGACCAUGUGGUCCACCAGUAUUUCCUUCCACGGGAGUACUCUGUCAUUCUACCUGGGAUUGCAGCAUUGAUACUGCUGCUCUGUGUAGGUACCUUCAUUGGAGUGGUCACCAGGAAGAACCGCAAGCCUAAGGUGGACUAAGAGGGAUGGUGUCACAGAGACGCUGUCAGACGGGUCAGGAUGUAGCGCUAGUAGUUAUGCUAACAGUAGCUUCACUAGAACCUCCCUGGUCCAGUGUCUUGCCUUACAUUCCGUUGGGAGAAAUAAAAAAUAAAGUCUGGACUGCUUCGCUCUGACAGCUGAUGAAAACCUCUAAUGACUGAAAGACAGAAGACAAGACUUGAAGAGCUGCUGUACACCACCACCUAUCCCUUCUCCUUAUUCAGACCCACAACCUUGCGGUUGGUAAUGCAUGUCAGAGAUUGACGUUAAAGUCUGAAAGGCACUUGCCCAUCCGGCAAGUCAGAAGUCUUUUUUUGGUUGCCUAAAGAUUAUGAUCACUUCCCUGAAAGUGUAAAUUAGUUAUUUACACACAAACUGCCAUAUAUGGCCUGCCUGUCACCUACACAUAGGGAAGGAAUCAGAUCAGUACUGGAAUUCUUUGUAUUUUGGUUGUUAUCAGUAAAAACAUUAAUAGCAGGCUCAACUUGCCCGACUGCCAUAAAUUGUUUGUCUUUUGCGUAAACAAUGGGAAUGAACCAGAAAGAUCAGCUUUAGGCUACUGGAAUUCUUUUCAGUUUGAUUUCUAUAUGUAUUUAUUUUUCAUUACAUGCCCAUUGGGGCAAACUCGGUGCAGGCCAAACUUGUGCGACUGCUCACUUCACUUGACCCAGGCAAUAGGGCAACCCUUAAUGUCAAUCCCUGCAUGGCUGCAGAUGCUAUAUUUAUCCUUAAGGAGCAUUGUCACUUUGCCAGGGAUGAAAUCAAUGUGUCGGUAUUCACUUUCACUGUAUGUCGUCAGCCCUAGAUAAAACCUGGCUUCAUAAUGUGGAGAGGAAUUAGAUUAGCUGAUUUUGUAGAGUACUAUAUCAGAUUUGAUCAAAGUUUCACUUGUGUCCCAUAUCACCACAUUUUGGAUGUCUUUUCAGGCACUGUUUUAAGACUUAAAGAUUUAUUGAGUUCUUAGUUGCUAAGAAUGACCAAUGUCAAUUGUUUAGUUAGUAACUGUAGUCUACACGGACUGAAUGGGGCCAAUUGAUAUCCAAGCAUAUUUAUGUCCACACAAACACUUGGUAUUUUAAAUACUCAUUGUGGCAAAUUAGGAAAUCUGUCAUGCUUUCAAAUACCAUUAAGUGCUUGGCUAGUUCAAGUACAAGAUAACUUAGCAUCUUAUAUGAUGGACUAUUUUCUAAAGUCUGUUGAGUGAAACAAGGUCUAAAAAUGUGGAUGGUGUAUAGGGUUAAAGGUCCUCUGUAUUCACAAAAUAAAAAUGUUAUAUUGAUAA